CACAUGACACUGACAUUUACAACUGCGAGUGAUCCAAGGAAUUGUUGAGGUAAUGGCAGUUUGCUUGAGACAAAUACGCAGUUUCCUUCUCCAGAAGAAUACAGCAAGAAGCAUAAUGACUUCAUCGUCAAAGUCACAGAAAGCUCUGGAAAAGCUGCAAAAGAACCCGUACUUCGAUAAAUAUGCGGAGCGGAUCGCCGUGCUGCAGAAGACGUCGCCCGAAGAGUUCCUGCGACGGGUAGAAGAACAAGAGAAGAAGAAGGAAGAACUUGCUAAAAAGAAGUUUGCUCCUGUUGAUACCAGGAAAUUCUCCUCAGUUUUGAAUCCAAAGGGUGAACUCAAGGGAGAAGUAGGUUCUGAUGAUGAAAAGAAACUAGAAGACAUAUUCAAACUUGAGCUGGUGAAGGAUAAAGAUGCUGAAGAGAUCCGGACCAUUUGGGAGGAGUACCAUAAGGAUAAGGAGAUGAUUUCUGCCUCCAUCCCCACACCUUUGUACUUGACUUUGUUGGAACGGACUAAGGAGUUCCCAACAUUCCUGUUUCCCCUCCCACGCGACCAGGGAUAUGAGUUCAUACUGUGCCAGUGCAGUGGACACACCCUGCACUUCACACCUCUUCUUGCUUACCAGGUGCACAAGGAGAAUGCUCCAGAAUGCCUGACUGUGGUGCACUACACUGAGCUGAAGGACCGUGGCCUUGUCCUGAUGAGAGGAGAAUAUGACAAGAAUGUACUAAAUGGGCGGGAGGCACAGUGUCUCGUAAAUGAGUUCCAGCUGUACUACAAUGGGAAAGACGAAGAGAAGAACAAACUUCUAGAGUCAUUCACAAAGAGCCCUGACAACUUCAAACAUAUGGACCUUAUCAAGCAAUUAGAGAACAUUAAACUAACAUAAUUUUUGUGAAAAUCCAAAUUGUUGAAAUAUUUUAGUCUUACAAAUGGUAGUAAAUAAAUUAUACACAUUUAUCUUUAAUUAGAUUACAAAUAAUAUAAGUUGUUUAUGUU